AUGAUUAUGAAACAAAUGGUUGACCACUUUGUGGACAAAGAGUGCCACCAAAGCGAUGACAAAACGGUGGCCAAUGGGUUGACCACCGAUGACGGGCUCAGCGCCGAAGAGGAGGACAGCGACGAAGUGUUUUCACAAAUCGACGACCAAUUGUCGGACGAAGAAGUGCUUCAUAUGACGGAUGUAUUGAAUUGUCUGCAGCGGUCGGACACGAGAGGUUUGCGCCGAUUGGCGACCGUUGGCCAGGGAUUCAUUACCGAUAAUCUGCGGCGACAGAUAUGGCCCAAAGUGGCCAAAGUGUCGGUCGUGGAGACGAGUCCGCGACCCGAUCUCAAGACCAUCGAAAGCCAUGAGUUCUACAAUCAAGUGGUGUUGGAUGUGAACCGAUCGUUGAAACGGUUCCCGCCGUCGAUAGACACCGACCAUCGGAUCUCAAUGCAGGACUCGUUGGUUCGGCUGAUAAUGCGAGUACUGAUCAAAAACCCGGAAUUGCAUUACUUUCAGGGAUAUCAUGACAUUUGUGUCACUUUUCUCAUGGUUUUGGGCGAAGAGAUGGCUUUCUAUGUCGUCAAUCAGUUGUCGAAAACACAUUUCCGUAUAUUUAUGGACAAAACAAUGGAGAAGACGGCGGAUCUGAUGGACAUUAUCCCGAUUCUGGUGCGACGGGAGAGCGAGCCGUUGGGCGACCACAUGGAGAGGUCAGACGUGGGCACUAUCUUCGCGCUGAGUUGGGUUAUCACUUGGUUUAGUCACGUGUUGCCCACCUAUGAACACGUGACCCGACUCUUCGACUUCUUCCUCGUGAGCCACAGUCUAAUGCCGUUGUAUUUAACAGUAGCGCUAGUAUUACACAAAGAGCGCCACAUUCUGGACACCGACUGUGAUAUGCCGUCAUUGCAUCAACUCUUGACACGUAUACCCGAAACGGAAGAGUUGCCCAUCGAGUCAUUGAUCGAGUCAGCCGUGGAUCUGAUGGACAGACACCCACCGAGUGAUAUGAUUAAAGAGCAGGAGAGCCGUAAACAAUUGCGGCUCAAACUGGCCAAAAGUCGGGCCAAAAAGGCCGUCAGAAGCGAUGGUAUGAACGUUCCGCCCACUAAUGCCAACAGUUCCGUGAGCUUCAGGUUCUGGUGUUGUGUUAUUUCGGGCAACACGUGA